CGUCACACAGAAGCAGUCAUGUCUGGCAGAGGAAAGGGAGGCAAAGGUCUGGGGAAAGGAGGCGCUAAGCGUCACCGUAAAGUUCUCCGUGAUAACAUCCAGGGCAUCACCAAGCCCGCUAUCCGCCGUCUGGCUCGCCGUGGCGGUGUCAAGCGUAUCUCCGGUCUGAUCUACGAGGAGACUCGCGGUGUGCUCAAGGUUUUCCUGGAGAACGUUAUCCGUGAUGCCGUCACCUACACCGAACACGCCAAGAGGAAGACCGUGACCGCCAUGGACGUGGUGUACGCCCUGAAGAGACAGGGCCGCACUCUGUACGGCUUCGGAGGUUAA